AUCAGAAAGCCGGUUCCACUUCAUCUUGGAGAUGGAGGAAAGCUUGCCAGGAGAACAAUUGCACACCCCUCCAGUCCUCAUGUUCUCAGUUUGUUCUUCUCUGUGAUACAACCAGCAUCAUGAGAACAGCCAGCAGCAACUCCAGCGUGAUGAAAUUUUCACUCCUUGACAAGUGCAAGAAGCCGAAAAACUAUGCCCAGCCAGAAGUUUUGUGUCACACCUUUGAGAUGCUGUCUAACCUCCACAAGCUGCUUCCUAAUCACCUGAUGGAGACGCUUUAUUCCUACAAGAGUGAAGAGGACAAGAAGAAAUGUAUGUGGGUAGAAGGUGAGAAUCCUGAACUCUCUGGCUUAGAAAGAAUCUUAGCAAGACAUCAGUUGCCAAAAGAGAUUAAUCUGACCCCAAAGCCGAACAGAAUGCCCCCGUGGAAAAGAAAAAUCAUCAACAAUGUAACUGACGGGUGGAAGAAAUGUCACUUGUUGAAGAGAAACAUGAAAGAGCCUCCAAUGUCCACCAUAGUUGUCAGAUGGCUGAAAAAGAACAUGCAACCCACUGAAGACCUCAAGUCAGUGAUCUGUAGGCUGUCAGCAUUUGGCCCAAUUCAGUCAGUCACUGUUUGUGGACGUCAAAGUGCUAUAGUGGCAUUCAAAGACAUGACUUCAGCCUGUAAUGCUGUGAGUGCUUUUCAAAGUAGGACCCCAGGCACCAUGUUCCAGUGUUCCUGGCAACAACGAUUCAUGUCAAAAGACAAAACUUAUUCAAAAAAAUAUACCCAGAAGACACAGCCUAAGGAAUAUAAGCAGGAAACUGAGAAAACUGCCAACAACAGCUAAAGGGACACAAACAGUCCAAUCUCAUGAGACCAGCAGGAUGAACAGGUAACAGAGGUCAAAGAGAAAGAAUGAAUGCCCACCUAUGGAUGGAGGCAGUUUAGAGCAAUAUGCUUGUCCAAAGUCACAAUUAACUGCACUGACACAGAGAAGUAGAUAUUGCACUUUUGCUCAACUAAGUACCACUUUGAUGACUAAGAACGGGCCCUCUGGGAUCAGACAAAGGAAAUCGCAGUGCCUUCUGGGUAUAUCAGAACCUACAUGAAGUUCACAAACUCUAAACAAUGAAUGCUCAACUCUGUUGUAUGAAGUAGCCACAAUUACCAACCUUACUGCACAAAUCAAACAAGAGAUACCUUAAAAUAGGAAUGAUGCUGAAACUCUACAGCUUUUGUGUGAAACACAUAGAAGAAGAAAGUAAAACAGGACAAACUCUGUGGGCAGGCUCCACCUGACUAGAGGAUUCCAAUGAAGGACUCAAACUGGACACCAAAUCCACAUAG